AUGACUGGAGGCAAGUCUGGAGGCAAGGCCAGCGGCAGCAAGAACGCGCAAUCGCGUUCGUCCAAGGCCGGUCUCGCGUUCCCUGUUGGACGUGUUCACCGCCUCCUUCGUAAGGGUAACUAUGCCCAGCGUGUUGGUGCUGGUGCCCCUGUUUACCUCGCUGCCGUCCUCGAAUACCUCGCUGCCGAAAUUCUCGAAUUGGCCGGCAAUGCCGCUCGUGACAACAAGAAGACCCGUAUCAUCCCUCGUCACCUCCAGCUUGCCAUCCGUAACGAUGAGGAGUUGAACAAGCUUUUGGGUCACGUUACCAUCGCCCAGGGUGGUGUUCUUCCAAACAUUCACCAAAACCUUCUUCCCAAGAAGACCCCCAAGGCCGGAAAGGGACCGAGCCAAGAGCUGUAG